GGAUGUGGAGAAAGGGAUCCCUCUUACACUGUUGGUGGGAAUGCAAGUUGGUACAGCCACUGCAAGCCACUCUGGAGAUGGUGUUUAGUGGAGAUAGAGUUUCAGAUUGGGACAAUAGUAACGUCCCGAAGACGGACAGUGGGGACAGUUGCACGACAAUGGGGAAGUACUUCGUGCCCCUAAACUACCCUUAAAAACACGUAAAAUGGCAAAUUUUAUGUUACAUACAUUUUACUGCAAUUUAAAAAACGUUUAAGGAAAGUCAAACAGAAGAACACAGUUUGGCAUACUUGCAGCGGCAAAUGAAACAAGAACAUUGACUGCACGCUUAUGUCUUAAACGCACAGGAGGCUGCCGGCGGGGGCGUGUCUGGGGGACGCAGCGAGUGGAGGGCGUGUUGGCAGAGCUCCCGCCCGUGGGCACAGCGCCGUGUCUGGGCGACUCGAGCUAACUCUCCAGUUCUGCCUGGCACCUGCUCACACAGCGAGGGCGGGAUGGCUCCUCACCGUGGCCCUCGGAGCACUUGACUGUUGGACCGCCAGGAAUGUGAGUGUCACCGGUCUCCCAGGGCCCAAGUGUGCAUUCGGGUGGGUGUUGGAGGGGUGUGGGCAGCUACGGGCCGAGGCGAGGACUGAGAGAUGGAGAAGCAUUAGCUCCCCACGCGCUCUCCUGGAAAGCUCAGACCGCCUGACGGAUCUCCUGCGAGCUCCGGCCUACACCUGACAACAGGCCAGCCCGCCUGGAGCAGCCUCCCCAGAAAGCUGGCCGCUAUGACCCCUGUCUCUCCGAUGCACCUGGUACAGCCCUGGAGUUUCUCACGAAGCCAUCUCUUUGAAGUAUCGAAUCAGGAGAGAUGGGGCCCGCCUUGUCUCUUUGGAAGCCAGGGGCCUCACCCCAGAGUGCCAGUCGCAAACCCAGACGGCCUCCCCAGUGAAGACCCUCUUCACAUUCACUCCCUGUCUCGCCGUGAACACCUGCUCAGCAACAUGACCAAGUCUUACUCCUCCUGUGUGACCCUCAAUGAAAUCUGGCUUCCCCGCUGGUCACUAGCGUCUGGCCGCGUGUGUCCCGUCCAUGCCCUCUGGGAGUGUGGGCUGCUCCGGAGAACCCAGCACAGGCACCUGCCUUGGCUCAGGAAGGAGGGGCCCGUGGACCAGCCCCACCCCAGCCCUCGGCCGCUGUCAGCCACACCUCACCACGCUCCUGCUCCAGGCUCCAGCCUGGCUCCCGGGGGCCCCCACACUCCGCAGAGAUGCCCCUCACCACCUCCAUAAGGGGACCCCAAACCAUGGGGAGCUGCGCGGCUCUCCCUCCAUUCCUGAGGCUUCCAGGCGCUCCGAUUCCCCGGCCCCUCCUAGGGCAUCCCUGCUCCCUGGUGACAGCAGGUCCCUCUCUGGACCAGAGGUGCCACCACAGACCGGCCUCCCCAGCACAGAAGGCGGCCCCUGGGCGGUCUCCCACGCACUUCUCAGACCUCCUGCUGCGAAGGUGGGCAGUCCUGGCCAGGCCCCCUGCAGGGCCUCCCCUGGCCGUGCCCCACUAGCCUCAGACUCCCUCAGGUGGGCCAGAACCAAGGCACCUGAGACCCCUCCGUCCCCAGAGGGGCCAGCUGAUGCAGCUCACGGGCGCCCCCUGCUCCCCGACUGGGACUCCUGCAGGCCAUACUUGUGCGCACCGGACCCUCAUCCCAGCAGACUCCCCGGCCCCACACAGCCCUCCCUCCUUCUCAGCUGGGCCAAAUCCUGCUCUUGCGUGAUCCGCCUCCCGCAACCUCACGUCCCACCGUGUUUGCACACACUCCUGCCGUAACUAAGCACACGUCCUGGGGCUUUCACAGCAGAAGCUCCUUUCAGGUGGUUCCAGCUGCCGGACACCACCGUGCACUUGUCCAGACUCCUACACCGUCAGCGCUAAGUGACCCCUCUCCCAGAAGCCAGACUGCUCUCUGCUUUCUGGGGCAUCAGAGUCUGGCUGAGAACACAGGCCGCGGGUUCUAAUCCGAGCUCUUCUGCUCACUUGUGUGGGCUUUGGUGCAAGUGCUUCCUUGUGCCUCAGUUGCCCCAUUGGUAAAGCUUCACAAGGCUGCUGUAAGGGUCACUGAGUUGACAUGUACAGAGCUGCUCAGAAUACUUGCUGGCAUCGAAGAUUGAUUACACAUUAGUGUUUGAUAACACACUAAAAACAAACACGCUUCCAGCCACUCAUUGCUUCGUGGACUCGGGACAGAAUUACAUCCCCAAAUAAAGAGGAUAUGAAAAAAAAAAAGAACAAAAUAUGGCUAUGAUCCCACUGAGUGUUGAGGAACCCCAGACAGGUGCAGGGAGCAAGGGCGGGGGUAUCAAGAGCCACGGGCCCCCCGGAGUCACGAAUGAGCUGAGCUACCUGCUGAGGGCCCAUGACCCGAAUCCUCAGGGACCUGCUCCCACAACCAGGAAACAGGAUUUUCAGGGCCUCGUGAUGGACAGCACACAGCCCCGAGGUGUAUAUAAGCCCAAACACCCCGAGCACCUCACACACACUCACACUCACACUCUCCUCCAGCCCCACCACCACCGCCAUGGCUGCGUCCACCCUCUCCGUCUGCUCCAGCGACCUGAGCUACGGCAGCCGCGUCUGCCUGCCCAGCUCCUGUGACUCCUGCCCCGAUUACCCCUGGCAGGUGGACGACUGCCCAGAGAGCUGCUGCGAGCCCCCCUGCUGCGCCCCAACCUGCUGCGCCCCCAGCUCCUGCACCCCGGCCUCCUGCCUGACCCUCGUCUGCACCCCUGCGAGCUGUGUGUCCAGCCCCUGCCAAUCAGCCUGCACCAGCUCCUGCCAGCCCUCCUGCUCCUGCACCAGCUCCUGCCAGCCCUCCUGCGGCAGCUCCUCCCCCUGCCAGGAAGACUGCUGCAAGCCCGUGUGCUGCACCCCUGUCUGCUGCAAGCCCGUGUGCUGCACCCCUGUCUGCUGCAAGCCCGUCUGCUGCACCCCUGUCUGCUGCAAGCCCGUCUGCUGCACCCCUGUCUGCCCGGGGGCCUCCCCCUGCUCUGCCCCCUCCUGCUGCCAGCCCAGCCCCUGCUCCUCGUCCUGCUGCAGGCCCUCUUCCUGCGUGUCCCUGCUCUGCCGCCCCGUGUGCAGACCCGCCUGCUGCGUGCCCGCCUCCCCCUGCUGUGCCCCCGCCUCCUCCUGCCAGCCCAGCUGCUGCCGCCGGGCCUCCUGCGUGUCCCUGCUCUGCCGCCCCGUGUGCUCCCGCCAGGCCUGCCACGGCCCCACCUCGGCCCAGAAGUCCUGCUGCUGACCGGGCAUGUCCCCCGUCCCCCGAGGCCAUCUGGGCACUAUGGGGCAGCCCCAGCUCUCCCCCUGCCAGCCUCCAACUGCUUUAGGUUCUCUCAGGAACCCCUGUGACAUGUGGACAGCACCCCUCCUCUCAGGCCAGGAAGGGGGGGUCCCAUCAAACUCAGGAUGACCCCUCCCACACCCACUGCCACACUGCUCCCAGGGUUCCGGUGGUCAUGCCUAGAGAACACGUCCACAGUGCAGGCCUCACCGGUCUCACCACCUCAGAAGCUGCUUGAUCAACCUAAUAAACCUGGCUUGGAUUUAACCCUGACAGGGUGUGGCUUUCUUUGGGCCAUUUCUAGUUGAAUUGCCAGCCAGUCCCGCUCGAGGUUGGGGCGGGGACAGCCGCCUGCUACCCUUGCUGCCCUGCCCAUCCUCAGCCACGCCAGUGCUCCCUCUGGGCCCCAACCCUCACUGGCCUUGCACGGGGCUCCUGUCCCAGGCAUGGCAACCAUGGCCAUGGCCAUGAUAUGGGCAGCCCCUGUCCCAGAAGCUGGCCCUGAUGGGUAGGUCCUCAGGGACUCAGCGGCAGCCAGUCCCAGUCCUGGGCAAGUGACCCUGGACAUCUCUCCCCCCUGCAGGGAGCCCAGCGGGACACAGGGUUCAGCAUACCCUAAGCAGGGAGGAUGGGAGGAUGUGGGGCCCUAGCGAGCACCCCGUCUUGGCCACCCAAGCCCUCCUGCCCCUCCUUCCUUCUCCAGCUCCUAAACCCCCCCAUCUCUGGAGCUACGUGCUCAGACCAUAUGCACACGGCCCAAAUCUUUUCUACCUUAAGUGAUGGUUAGAACUCAGCCACCACCCACCCGCCCCGACCCAGCACUGCCUGUGUCCCCUUCAGAGCAGGGCCUCCUGCUUUCCACCCAGACACCCUUCCCCGCACCGUCCCAUACCCCAGCCCCUGACCUCGCCGGCCCAGUCACCAAAGGCCCCGGUGCGAAUGUUAGUCUCACCCCGUCCCCUCUCCUGUGCACCUGUCCCUGCAGAGCUGGGCCCUGGGCUCCAGAACACAGCUCUCUCCUGCCCCUCACUUCUCUGACUUUUCUGGGGCCCUUCACCCUGACCUUUGCACCCCC